GUCGGAGACAUAGUAAAAAACAAUCAAGAUGGCUGACAUUAAAGCAUUAGAGCAUCCAACACUGAAGGUACCGUAUGAGCUAUUGAACAAGAAGUUCAGAUGUGCACAGAAGUCGAUCGACCGUGAAGUGUCAAAGGUGCAAGUUGUGGGGAGUGAGCUACAGACCUGCCUUCAGAAGCCCGAUAUCACAAUAGGGGAGGUCACCCUGGCUCUUGAUUCCAUGGUGGAAAAACUUAAAAUGCUGAAGAGGAAGGCUGAUGAGAGUAUUAGUGAAGAACUGGAGACAGCUCGUAUGAUCAAACGGCGGGUUGACCAUUUGAAAGAGGCAGAACACCUUCAUGAAAAUACACGCCCACUCUGGCAGAAGAAACGACUGGACAGAAUGUUAGUGGAGUACUUUCUGAGGGCGGGAUAUUACAGCACAGCAUUGAAACUGGCACAGCAUUCCGAUAUUGAGGACCUUACAAAUAUUGAUUUGUUCAUGAAUUCAAAAGCUGUCGAGGAAUCCCUCAUCAAUCAUGAGACGGCCCCUUGUCUGGCUUGGUGCUAUGAGAAUAAAUCAAAACUAAGGAAACUGAAGAGCAGUCUUGAGUUCAAACUGAGGCAACAGGAGUUUAUAGAGAUGAUUCGCAGCAACUGCAGGCUUGAUGCUGUCAGACAUGCGAGGAAGUACUUUAGUUCUCAACUGGACGAACAACAGUUGGCCGAGACACAAAUCGUUAUGGGGCUUCUGGCAUUCUCACCUGACACAAACAUACCCUCUUAUAAGGACUUACUAAAUCCAGAGCGCUGGCACAACUUGGUACGUCAGUUCCGUUUUGAGAAUUUCAAACUACACCAACUCAACAAUGCCUCUGUGUUCACCGUCACGCUACAGGCUGGACUCUCUGCCCUGAAAACACCCUAUUGUUAUAAAGGUGAAGCUGGAAGUCGGAAUGCUGAUUGCCCUGUGUGUAGUAGGAGCCUGAACAGACUUGGCCAACAUCUGCCGUACGCUCACUGUGCCAACUCCAAGCUCAUCUGCCAUAUUUCGGGCCAAGCGCUGAAUGAACAUAACCCACCAAUGAUGAUGCCAAAUGGCUUCGUAUACGGAUGUAAUGCCCUUGAAGAAAUGGCUGCACUGAAUGAAGGCCAGGUUACAUGCCCUCGGAGCAAGGAGACCCACCAUAUCGAGAAGUGUGAGAAGGUCUAUGUCAUGUGAACUCAACAAUACAGCCACCACUACUGUACAUCUUGGCUCUGGAGUAUUUGGCUUGGACUAUUGAUUUGGCUUGGACUAUUGUAUCCAGUUGGUUUUUGAAGGAUUUUAAUAUUUGCCAAGCUGUACAAAUAAACUGAGUUCAGCAUAGAUCUACUGUUCCACGUUAAAGUACUUUUAAUUCCCUUGCGGAUACAUGCUAUGAUUUAAUUUUCUGGUUUAUAUAAAGUUUUCAUUGCAUUGCAUGGCCUAUCCAAAAUAUUGAAAAAACAACAUAAUUUGAAAGCCAAUGAAAUAUUGGUUGUGAGAUAUGACUUCUAUUAAUGUAAAGGUCAUUUGUUCGAUGAAACAGUUCAAUUUGAAUUGCACAUCUAGCUUUAGAAGUCUAAAGUAUGUGCUUAUAUCAUAUACUUGUUCCUGAAAUGUACAUAGAUUGACAUUGUACAUGGAGAACACAUUGAGGAGCAUUCUAUUGAAUAACUGACACAGCAAUUAACUGCGAUAUUAUUAUGUUAAGAGUUGCUGGUGGAAGUUGAUCCUACAUGUAUGUUAUGGAUAUUUUGUUUGCUGCAAAUUUGUGCCAUAACAUUUUAAUACUACAUGUAAUAAAUAGGGGACACAAAUUAUGCUCAUGUGAAUGGUUUAGUUAAACAGAAUGAGUUUGGUUCAUGUUGGAAUCAAGAUAUUGUGUCAAUUCUUUGAGUUUUGAUUUUUGCAUUUGUUCACACAUCAAACGUUGGUCAAGUACAGAUAUAUGCUAACAAAAGCAGGUUCAAUGUAAUACAUGUACAAGUGGAUUAAAAGAUUGGGGCUAUUUUUUAUUAUUAUUAUGAACAAACAGCACAGUAAUUGACUAAUACUUCUUUUUUCUGAUAUAUUGAUACAUUUAGGCCAAAAAAUCAUCCCAUUUUUAAUAUUGCUGCCAACGCUUCAGCAUUAGGUGUUUUUUUGUUAUAUUUUCAAAUAAUUCAAAACAAAAGAAACCUUACUUUUGCACUCUAAAUAUAAAUAUUUACCUAUGUCUGACCUUAUUAGACACAAGAGUUAGUUCUAACGGUUUUUUGGGAAGCUCAUGGUAGACAUAUUCCACACCAUUUUUAUUUCUGCAUGUAAGUGACACUUUUCAACUGCACAUCUCCAAUGCCGUCAUGUGUUCAUUACUGAAAAACCUCAAACUCAUCAAUUUGAAGUUGCAUGUGAUAUCUUCAAUGUAAAGUUGCAUGUGAUAUUUUCAAUGUGAAGGUACAUGUGAUAUCUUCAGUGUGAAGUUACAUGUGAUAUCUUCAGUGUGAAGUUACAUGUGAUAUCUUCAGUGUG